AUGAACAGGCCCAGGCAGACCCUUCAAGGGAGCUCAAUCCAGAAGCUGUGUGACCGAGUGGCUUCCUCCACCCUGCUGGAUGACCGGAGAGACGCCGUGCGAGCCCUCAAGUCCUUAUCCAAGAAAUACAGGUUGGAGGUGGGAGUCCAGGCCAUGGAGCAUCUCAUCCACGUCCUGCAGACGGACCGUUCAGAUUCUGAAAUAAUUGGCUAUGCCUUGGACACUCUCUACAAUGUAAUAUCGAAUGACCUAGAAGAAGAGGAGCAAGAUGAUUCUGAAGAGGAAAACUUACCCAAACAAGUUGAUGAUUUGGGAAGUCAGUUCACAGAGAUUUUCAUUAAACAGCAAGAAAAUGUCACACUCUUGUUGACUCUUGUGGAGGAAUUUGAUUUCCAUGUUCGUUGGCCUGGAGUGAAACUACUUACAUCUCUCUUAAAGCAACAAGGACCUCAAGUGCAGCAGAUCAUUCUUGUCAGUCCUAUGGGUGUUUCCAGGCUGAUGGAUCUACUAGCAGACUCUAGGGAGGUGAUAAGAAAUGAUGGAGUCUUGUUGUUACAGCAACUGACAAAAAGUAAUGCAGCCAUACAGAAGAUUGUUGCCUUUGAAAAUGCCUUUGAGAGACUUCUGGAUAUCAUCACAGAGGAAGGAAACAGUGAUGGAGGAAUCGUAGUGGAAGACUGUCUCCUCUUAAUACAAAACUUGUUGAAGAAUAAUAAUUCCAAUCAGAAUUUCUUCAAAGAAGGUUCAUACAUCCAGCGUAUGAAGCCUUGGUUUGAAGUUGGAGAUGACAACUGUGGGUGGUCUGCCCAGAAAGUGACUAAUCUUCACCUAAUGCUGCAGCUUGUGCGGGUACUCGUGUCUCCCACAAACCCUCCUGGUGCCACCAGCAGCUGCCAGAAGGCCAUGUUUCACUGUGGGUUGUUACAGCAGCUCUGCAAAAUCCUGAUGGCAACUGGAGUUCCUGCUGAUAUCCUGACAGAAACCAUUAAUACUGUAUCAGAGGUUAUUCGAGGAUGCCAGAUGAAUCAAGACUACUUUGCCUCUGUAAAUGCACCUUCUAAUCCACCAAGGCCUGCAAUUGUGGUACUUCUGAUGUCCAUGGUAAACGAGCGACAGCCUUUUGUGCUCCGCUGUGCUGUUCUCUAUUGUUUCCAGUGCUUUUUAUACAAAAACCAAAAAGGACAAGGAGAAAUUGUUUCAACCCUUCUGCCAUCUACUAUUGACGCUACAGGUAACUCUGUCUCAGCUGGCCAGCUGCUCUGUGGGGGCCUCUUUUCCACGGACUCUCUGUCAAACUGGUGUGCUGCUGUGGCCCUGGCCCACGCCUUACAGGAGAAUGCCACUCUGAAGGAACAGCUCCUGAGAGUCCAGCUGGCCACCAGCAUCGGCAACCCGCCCGUCUCCCUGCUGCAGCAGUGCACCAACAUCCUCUCGCAGGGUGAUAAGAUCGACAGACGGGGCAGUAAAGUACAGACCAGGGUUGGACUACUGAUGUUGCUUUGCACUUGGCUCAGCAACUGCUCCAUUGCUGUCACCCACUUCCUUCACAAUCCAGCCAACAUACCCUUCCUCACAGGGCAGAUAGCUGAAAACCUUGGAGAAGAGGAGCAGCUUGUCCAAGGGCUGUGUGCACUUCUGCUUGGCAUUUCCAUCUACUACAAUGACAACUCCCUUGAAAAUUACAGGAAUAAUGCAACAAAGAGGACUUGUGUGGGCAAAAGACAGGUGUUAAAUAAUACAGCUGCAGACCCUGUGUCAGUAGACAGCAGUGCCUCAGCAGCCAGCAACUCUGACCUGGCGGGACAACUUGAGCAAGAAAUAAAACAAUUGAAGAGUGAAGUCAAAGCCCUUUCCGAGGAAAAAGAAGCAUUGAAACAGCACCUGGAUUCAUCCAGUAGUACAGUUGCUAUCUUGCAAGAUGAGAAAAGCAAAUGUCUGGCCAGGCUACUGCCUGGCUGCAGUAGCUUACUCCCUCUUCUGGUGCUUUUGGCUGACCAGGAUCAGAAGCUGUCUGCACUGAAGGUCAAAUUGAAGAAUCUUGGUGUCCCGGUUGAAGAUGAAGAUGAUAUUGAAUCUGGAGAUCAAGGGGAUGAAGAUGAGGAUGAAGAUGAGCAAGACUAG